AGUCGGUGGAGCCUUUGGUUCCUCUCCCACCACACAUUAUUGUAAUCACAGCAUGCCAAGUAAGGAUGGAGAGGUAUUUGUGAUUGGAGGAGGCCGAUUGAGACAGGAGAGAAUCACAAAAGUCGCGAGGGACUUUGACUGUUUGCAUUCCCGAAUAUUACUAGAGAUUCAUUCAUUUUCUUCUGUUGCAGGUCCGUCUUCCUCUCAUAGCAUAACUCCCUCGCCUGUCUCUGUAAGAUGCCAGCUUCGGUACCUAAAAAGGAUCUACCUGCAAGUGGGAAGGGAAGGUAACAGCGAAGCAAGCUGCUACUUGAGAAAAACUUGAGUCACCUAAAGCAAAGGCCACAGGGAGUAGUAGUUAACAUUGCUCUGUCACAAAAGGACAAUGGAGGCAGGAGGUUUGUUGAGCUUUUUACAGAAGUCGAAAACUUGCUCUGUCUUCGGUGUAUCAAAUUCGUCUGUGGAGACUGCUCCAGUUGCAACAACUGAAAUCGGAAGAGGGCAAAUAGUGAAUGAGUCGUGUAAGGUGGUAUCAUCCUCUCAUAAUGUGACUGAGGAUAAACCUGUAUUUGAAUCGAACUUUAGAAGAAAUACUUCUACCAGAGGAAAGAAAAGGAUAAAGGAAAUUCUUCAGAAAUCAGAUGCCGCGGGGACAACGUCUGAUCUUUAUAAUGCUUACAAAGGGCCUGAAGAAAAGAAAGAUUCAGCACUGCCUCCUGAGAGUUCAGAUGUAGCCCUUGUUUCUACACCGAAGCUGGAAAGUGUUCACGCAAAGCCAGGUUCGGCCAGACACGGCCGCAGCAAUACGGAAAAGAAAUACUCCCUCGAUUUCCUCCUUAAGUUCCAAGACCUGUUUACUGCCCUCCCUGAGGGCUUUGCCGUUUCUCCUGAUUUUGCUAGUGCCUUGUUUGUUGCUAAUAUCGGUUGGUCUCAUCAUGACCAUGACUCGUAUCCGACCCCUGUAAUUAUUAUGGAUCGUCAAGGGCGUAGUGGUCGGUUAGGUCAAGGAGGAAACUCGGUAGCUCUAAGAAAUCCUCGUAUGCAGGAACCGAUUAUGUCUACACCGAUGCAACAUGUGGAUCCUAUGGGAGGAAUGCGUAGAAAUGCUCCCGACUUAGAAAGAAGGCAACAAAAAGGACUUUUUUCCUCUCCGCAUACUCCUAUGCAGUUGAUGCACAAAGCCGAGAGAAAGAACCAAUUAGGUACGGUUACAGAUGAUGAUGAAGAACAAGAGAGAAUGAAAGUUGAAGGGCUAAUUCCGGAUACAGUCGGAAAUAAAGAUUCCAAGGAAGCUUCAACAAAAAUUGAAAGCAUGGAUGUCAAUGGGUUUCAUGUUUUGCCUUCACAAGUAACAUCUGUGAGGCGUCUGUUUGAGAGACAUCCAGACAUUGCAGUAAGGUUCUGUGCAAAGAACCAACUUCUGAGGAAUUCUUGCAUGAAUUCCCUUCUCAGCUUAAUCGAGACACUGUGUCAACCACUUGAAGAUCUCUCCAAUGAAGAUCUUGUCGGAGCAGACAUCGCACUGACUUAUGUGAAAGAUUCAGGGUUUAGUGUUGAUUGGUUGGAGAAGAAGCUGGACCAAGUAAAAGAUAUGAAGGAGAAAGAGGUGUCUGGUUUAGCCACACUCCAAGUAAUAGAUGAGAAGUUACUGAAGCUGAAGCAAAAGUGUGCUGAGCUUGAGGCUCUAGCUGAGGAGAAGAAGACCGAGUUGUUAGCCACCAGAACUCCUCUGUCAUUCGACGAUGUUGUUUGAUGACUUGAACCAGCUCAAGCUGUGCUCUUAGACAUUUGGUUUUUGCUAUAUAAGACUCUAAGUUAUCAUCUUUGUCAUUGUGCAUGUCGUUUUUUUUUGCAGUACGUUUACAUUUGGUUUUUGCUAUAUAAGACUCUAACUUAUCAUC